CUUUCCUUCUUUCCUUCAAUGUUAUCUGAACUAUGGGAAACUGUCAAACAAUUUUAUAAUGAACGAGUUCAUUUCAUUCAAUUACACUACUUGUAUAUUCUGUUUCUUUCACUGAUAUGCUCAGCUCUCUUGUACAUUAAUCCUUACACGAACCUGGACUAUAUCGACGCUCUUUUUAUGGCGACAUCUGCAACAACUAAUACCGGUCUAAAUACCAUUGCUCUUUCCUCCUUAUCCACCUCACAACUCUGUAUUAUCUAUCUAGGAUCUUUCUUGAGCUCCCAUAUCAUGAUAUCAACUGCGGUUGUCAUCGUUCGGAAACAUUAUUUCUCAAAACGGUUUGAAGAUGUUCUCUUGUUCAACAAAGCACAGCAUAUACGAGAAGUCAAUCAAAGGAAGUUUGAAAGAAACGUUCAGCAAGUUGUAGGUCAUCAACAACAGAACUUGAGAAAACCACUGCACAAGAGAUUAUCAUUUUUAUCUGUUAGAUCACAGCAAAAGAGCGAACAAGAGCCAAGCGAGAGUGGACGAUGUAGAAGCAUGAUAAAUUUAUCAGGAUCCUUAUUUCAAACACAAAAACCGCGUUCUAUUGAUGAUGAUAUUCGGGAUUAUCCUAACAGUAACGACUGCUUAUUUCAGGAAUCCAACAAGUCUUCGCUUAAAGAAGAUAAAGAAAGUAAUAAUCCUUCGAGCAGCCAAUGUUCAUAUCUGACCAAAGAAGAGCCUGACCAAAUACAAGAUGCUUUACUUCACGUAAACCGAAAAUCAAGGUCAUCAGAGGAUAUUCAACGUGGAGCUAGUCAGGAAGAGAACAGUAGCGUUAAUAAGCACCAGGAUACGCUUACGACAGAUGGUGCUGGUGCCAUGUGGAGCAACCAAAAUAUCAUGUUUGCAGGAGAUAUUGAACAACAAAGAGAAAUUGCACGUAAAAGGCUAGAGAAGGAAAGGCAGUGUGAAGACAUGAUACACAAAAUUGCAAACAAUGAUAACCCACUGUGCACAAGCAGCGGUCAUAGUACAGGAGAUAGCAUAACUAUUGUUAAUUUUGAUGUUGGAUGUAAUGAUGACGAGAACAUCAAGUUGAUCAAGCGAGGACCUAUUCAAAAAAGUGAAUUGACACGAGAACAGAGAUAUAGACUAGGAGGAGCAGAAUAUAGAGCUCUGGACCUCUUGUCACGGUUAGUGCCCAUGUAUUAUAUCUUCUUCAUAGUUGGGUUUGGAUUCAUCAUUCGUUCAUACAUCGCAUCGUCUCCAUAUGUUCAAAGUGUACUUUUGAAUGACAAGCACGAACCAAUCAAUGCGUGGGGCUUUUCCUUUUUCACAAGCUUGGCAUCAUUCAACAAUCUGGGAUUAAGUCAACUUGACGAAAGCAUGCAGCCCUUCGAGAAAGCUCCAUUUAUGCUCUUUCUGAUCAUGAUGCUUAUUCUAGCGGGAAAUACAGCCUAUGCGAUAUUGUUACGACUUGUUAUAUGGAUCAUGUACAAAAUAACUCCUCAAUCUUAUUACAUGCGACGAGAGACACUCAAGUAUCUCCUAGACCAUCCUCGUCGCUGCUACACAACCCUGUUUCCAUCCUACCAGACCAGAUGGCUAUUGGUUGUCCUGGUUGGAAUAACUUUUGCAGAGUUUAUCAGUUUUGUUGCGUUGAAUUAUUGGCUACCUGUGUUGGAAGGUGUAGGCUGGGGAACAUGUAUACUCGAUGGGCUAUUUCAAUCGGUGACUACGCGAAGUGCUGGUUAUAACGUUGUUGAUUUGAUGAAUCUCAAUCCUGGAACACAGAUUACGUAUAUAGUUGCAAUGUAUAUCAGCGUAUAUCCUGUCGCUAUUUUAAUGCGAAAUAGUAACGUGUAUCAAGAACGCGCAUUAGGAAUCUAUAGUAGAAAUAAUGAAAAUGAAGGCUUUGAUAUAGAAAGUAACAAUUCCAUGCCAUUCAAUCGACUUCGACGUACCAAUACUGUCAGCAGUGUCGUCACUGCGUCUCGUAGGGCGUUCAGAGGACCAGAUUUUUAUGUGAGGACUCAAAUUCAGAGACAAUUGACAAGCGAAAUAUGUUGGGUUAUAGUUUGUAUAUUUGUCAUAUGCGUAGUAGAAACCAAAGAAAUCAUGUCACCAUCACCUAUCACAAUGUCAACUGUGAUAUAUGAGUGUGUAUCAGCCUUUGGAAAUAUUGGUUCUUCUAUUGGAUAUCCAAACACACCAACAUCUCAGGUUGCACAAUAUCAUCCAAUUAGCAAGUUCGCAUUGAUUAUAUUGAUGUAUAGAGGACGCCACAGGGGUCUUCCUGCUGCUAUUGAUAGAGCAGUUCUGUUGCCGUCUGAACAACUUGAACAAAAGGAAGAAGAAGAGGAUAUGCUAAGGAAGAGAACUAGUUCUUAUGGAGAUAUAUCUCCUCAAGAUUAUUAUAGAUGUCGAACCCUUUAACUUUUGUAUUUAUUAAAGCUGUAAAUUUGCUUGUUUAAGUUUGCAUUGUUUUGCUAAAUUUGGCAUUAUUCUGUGGCUCAGACAAACUCCGAGUAAAUUCUCAUACAACUGAAGCUGAUACUCCUUUUCACCUCUUUCUUUUCUCUUUUUUUUUUUUUUU